AUGUCACUCCUAUGCUUGCCCACCGAAACACUAAGACAAAUCUUUGAUCAACUAGAUCCGUCUUUCUUUCAAGAGGAUCUGGGCCGCCUCACGAUCUGCAAGAAGUGGUUCGAUCUCGCUCUUCCUGCGAGCCUCAAGUCUAUCACCUUUUCUCGAGAGGCCCUGCGAAAUCUAGUCCUAUCUAGGACAACUAAAAAGCCCUCUCCGCUUGAAAACAACUUGGAAGCACUAAGUCUCGAUCUCAGAGGGUACCAUUCCGGCCUCUCUACGCACUUUCUUCAGUAUGCGCGGGGUUCGAUUUUACAGCCUAGAUCUCCCCAAGAAAACUCGGCCAAGACGUGGGAAAAGGGACUAAAUGACGACUUGACUCAGCUUGCCAUCAUCGCACAGCGGUCUCCUAGAUUGCGGACGCUGCGGGUGCGCGCCUGGAGUUCUCCCUCGGCUUACCCUUAUCCUCUGGAGGGCUAUCUGUCACUAUCUACUAUGCGAGAAUUGCUCUCGGUAGAGAAUCUGAGUGUUCUUGUUCUGGAUCUAGCUGGCACUUCUCUAGACCCUUCGGCACAGCAAGGGGAUGAACAUAUCUGCCCAUUCAUUGGUGACCUUCUUCAUACCCUCCAAACACUCCACUUACGUAUGCGCAGUAUCUGCCCUGAUGUAUUGAAAAUUCAAGAACCCGAUAAGAAGCUGAGACUAAGCACUGUGGUCAUCAAUUUGAGUUUGGAAACUCACCAGUCAGAUAUCACGUCAGCGGCUCAUUCAGUACCAUGUGGCUCUCUGUUUGGCGGAUUGAUCCAACUGAGGGAAGACAUACAGAAACAGGCGGAAGUUCUUACAACCUACAUGGAAUCCCCCAAAACUAUGAGGAUUUUAAUUCACACCCUUCCGCAGUUUGAAACACGAUCGCUGGAUAUUUUGACUGGAAAGAUAAUGAAAUUGGAAGCCGAUGCGGCAUGGGAUGAGGAUGGCAAAACUGUUCAGGAGGACUCGGAACCAGAGUCCGAAAUUUCAGACGAGGAAUUUGAUGGUUUCUUAGAUGAUUGA